UCGAUCGGCACAGAAGCGAAGCGGUAGAUUUAAAAGUGUGUGCCUUAGGUGUAUCGAGUGAUAGAGUUAGUGCCACACGUGUCGUCACCAUCAGUAUGCCGGAAAUAAAAACGGCAACGAAAAGUGCGCCAACCGGCAAGGAGGAGCCAACCGAUGCUACCGACGUUCCAGUGACCCUUUUCGCUGACCAACCCGAACGCAUGAGGAAGAUCAACGAACUGCGCAAGCUGAUCCAAAAUUACGAUGAUUGUAACCGAAGGUGUGACGAUUUAUUCCUGUGCAGGUUCCUCUACUGCUGCGAUUGGGAUGUCGAGGAGUCGUUUGGACGAAUUGUGAAGUUGAUCAAGCUGAAGGAAGCGAAUCCGGAUUGGUUCUUCCACAAACCGAUCGCUACCUACAGUGAGUUGCUGCAUCGAAACGUCAAGUUCGCACUAGAUCGGCGCGAUCGUAGAGGACGAAGAGUGUUUGUGACACGACUAGGAGCGAUCGAUUUCUCCUCCAUGGCCGUCACCGACCUGGCCAAUCUGGACGACAUCUGGUUCGAGCUGAUGCUGAACGAGCUGGACACGCUCGAGAACGGUGUCACGUGUCUGAUCGACAUGAGCGGCUACUCGCUCAAGAGCUUCCGCUUCCUGACGCCGCAGAACAUCCGGAUCGGCUCGGCGAAGACCGAUUUGCUGCCGUUGAAAAACAUCGAGUUUCACGUCGUCAACUCGUCCGUGUUCAUGAAUGCGGCCGUCGCCAUCCUCUAUCCCAUGUUGAGCAAGAAGGUGAAGGAAAGCGUGCGUUUUCACUACUCCAACUGGGAGUCGCUCCAUGAGUACAUCCCGGCCGAUCUGCUGCCACAGGAGUACGGAGGGACAGCUGGAAAGUCAUUCGACUUCCAAACCAUCCACGGACAGGUGUUGGAUAGAGCGAACGCCUUCGACAGACUGCUGACAUAUGGGACACGUGCGGUGCCGGUCCCUUCUGUGGCGACUUCGUUGGCUUCCAAAGGGAAGAACGCAAAGACGAAAGGAAAGCACAGGGAUUCUGAUAAAAAGAAAUCGACAGUACCAGCGUGUGUUGUCGAGGCGUAGAUUCAAUUAUAGCGUCGAGUCAGAUAAUAUAGUUGAUAAUAUGUAAGUUUUUUUAAUAAUGAUAAGAAAUAAAGUGCAAAUGGG